CGCUGCACAAAGCUCCCAUUGCAAACUCUAGAGUUUUUCUCUCAACCAUUUUACUCCCAUUUUACUUCUAUUUUACACCCAUUUUACUCACAAAUUUGGCUAUAAAAGCAUACUUCUACCAUUUUACUCCCAUUCUACUCAAAAAUUAUGUGCGGGAAACAAAGAGGUCUGAUGAUCUGCCUUUUUCAUCUCUUCUCCUUACUCGUUUCUUCUGGCUCAAGGAAUGGGCGCUCAGACUGGUGUUAUCAAGGUCAGGGAUGCUUUGCUUUCUGGAGGUCGAUAUUUGGUGUUAUCUUAAAGGGUGGUUGCUACAUUGGGCUUUCUUGACCCAUUAAAAUGGAGUAUAGUGCACUUUCCGUUAGAACUUUUGGGCUCUAUUAUGCCGGACAACGCGGGGACACCUUAUGUGUGCAAUUAGUCCGUUUAAUAAUUUUUAAGCAGCGUUCUAUUUAAUUGUUAUUCUUUUCUUUAAGGUGUUUUGGGUAAGGUUUUAUGUCCCCCGUUUGUAAUUUGUUAUGUAUUUUAAUAAAAUGUGGUAAAUGUUUCUCGACAUUUAUCCCACUGAUGGAUGAUAUGUCUAUCGGGUUAAAAAAAUCAUCAAUGGUAUAAAAAAGCGAGUGAAUAGAUU